GCCUCCGGGGGCGGGGACUAGGCACGCCCUCUGGUCGGCGGGUCGCCGACUUCCGGGUGGUACGAGCGCGUCGGGGCGGAGGAUCUAUGUCGCAGAGUAGCGGCGGCGAGUGGGCGUGUUCGCUAAAGGGUCCGGCAGGAGGUCUGGGAUUCGCGGCCCUUGAGAGCAGGCAGGAGGGCGCGGAGAGAGUCUGGGACGGUCGACGCUCGACGCUCGACGCCCUCUCCUGGGCAUGUCGGCCGAGGCCUCCGACCCCGCGGCAGCCGCGGCCGCAUCCCUGGAAGCCGCUAAGCCCUCGGGUCUGGAGCCUGGCGCCGCCGCCGCCUGCGGUUUGAAGCCCCUUACCCCAAACAGCAAGUAUGUGAAGCUGAACGUGGGCGGCUCACUGCAUUACACCACGCUCCGCACGCUCACGGGCCAGGACACCAUGCUCAAAGCCAUGUUCAGCGGACGCGUGGAGGUGCUCACCGAUGCCGGAGGUUGGGUGCUGAUUGACCGCAGUGGCCGCCACUUUGGUACAAUCCUCAACUACCUACGGGACGGAUCUGUGCCGCUACCUGAGAGUACCAGAGAACUGGGAGAGCUACUAAGUGAAGCUCGCUACUACUUGGUGCAGGGCCUAAUUGAAGACUGCCAACUGGCGUUGCAGCAAAAAAGGGAGAACCUGUCCCCUCUGUGCCUCAUCCCCACGGUGACAUCUCCCCGGGAGGAGCAGCAGCUCCUGGCCAGCACCUCCAAGCCCGUGGUGAAGCUCCUGCACAACCGCAGCAACAACAAGUACUCCUACACCAGCACAUCAGAUGACAACCUACUUAAGAACAUCGAGCUGUUUGACAAAUUGGCCCUGCGCUUCCAUGGGCGGCUGCUCUUCCUCAAGGAUGUCCUGGGGGAUGAGAUCUGCUGCUGGUCUUUCUACGGGCAGGGCCGAAAGAUCGCCGAGGUGUGCUGCACCUCCAUUGUCUAUGCCACGGAGAAGAAGCAGACCAAGGUGGAAUUUCCAGAGGCCCGGAUCUUCGAAGAGACCCUGAAUAUCCUGAUCUAUGAGACUCCCCGGGGCCCAGACCCAGCGCUCCUGGAGGCCACAGGGGGUGCAGCUGGAGGUGGUGGGGCAGGCCGAGGGGAAGAUGAAGAGAACAGAGAGCACCGUGUUCGCAGGAUCCACGUCCGGCGCCACAUCACCCAUGACGAGCGUCCUCAUGGCCAACAGAUUGUCUUCAAGGACUGACUUUGACCCUUCUCCUGCCUCCUGCCUCUGGGACCCACUCCCUCCCUCUUUUCUGCCUUCCCCAGAUCUUUGCCCCGGCUCUGCUGGCCAAGUCGUGGGUCUUUAUUCUUUCUCCUCAUCGGAUGGUACAGUUCACCUUGGCCCUUUCUAUUCAUUUCUACUCAUUGCUAACAUGGCCGAUUCCACUCCCUUUCUGCAGGCAGAGCCCUUCAGAAGGUCAACAUUCAUUCCCUUCUCACCAUUCCUGUCCCGCAGGCUUCCCUUCACUAGCUGGUUAGAAUGAUUUAGAGUUCCCUUUCUGUCAUUUUAGUUCAUUGUACACACAAAUGUUGAGCCAGCCCUUAGUAACAUGAGCCACAUUCUGAGCCGCCUCCAACCAGUGCUGUCCUCCUGCCUGCGCUCUCCUCCCUGCUUCCUUAAGUUUGUCCUGGGCUGGCCGAGGCCUGUACCAGCUCAGCUAUCUUCUCAAUCUGUUUCAUAUUAUUUAUUGUUUUAAUUUUCUAUUAAAUUAUUGGAAUAAAGUCCAA